UGUGACUCCCCCUCCCCUUUUCUCUCUCUCUCUUGCACUAACACACUCACAUACACAAACACAGCCUGGUCCUGCACACUGUGUGUAUGUGACACAACAGGGAGGGUGAGAGAGUGACAAGGCAAGGGGGGCUGACCUACUGCUGUCACCGACUCCAGAGGAACAGGGGGAGACCCUUGUCACCUGACUAAGUGUCAGCAUGGGGGAGAGUCAGACAUUCAGCAGGCGCCUUCAUGAAAUCACGGAAAGGCGCAAUAUUCUGUCGGAGGUGGAGCGAAUUCAGAGGGAGCUGGAACAAAAGAGGAUGAGCCUACAGCAACUAAAGAGGAAAUCCCUGCGAGAGCGAUGGCUGAUGGAUGGAGUGGUUCCUUCUCCCGGGGCCGAAAUAGACAGUCCUCUCUUCCAGACAGAGAGUAAAAUACAGCAGCUGGAGAAGGAACUGGAGAGUCUCCAGAUGCAGCAGCUGCGCUUAGAGAACCCUGCAGCAGUGCAGCCUGAGGCAAAAGCAAUUCAGACGCCAUUUCUGAAUGGUGAAAAAAUCCAGCAGGGAGGAGGUCAAGCAGGAGAUGCUAAAGAAGUGACUGCAGGUCAAGCAAAUAACACUCAUGGGAUCAUCCAUGAAGAACAGCCAACAAAGGAAGAUCAAGACAUGGGAACAGUUCUACCCAUACCAGCCCCAAGAGGAAAAACAGUUCCAAAAGAAGAUGAAAACCAAGCAAAUCCAGAGCUGAAGGUGGACAUGGAACACCAGAAGGUUGAAUUAGUUGACCUUAUCCAGGAAUGUCCAGUCGAAAACCAAACUGUAGAACAUGUUGAAAAGAAUAAGCCACAUCUGGACCAAGAACAUACUGAGAAGAAUCAGGAUGGACAACAUGGCAUCCUAGAAUUUCUAACUCAAGAUCAACAGCUUGGAAACCCAAAUCUGCAACACCUGGAUAGAUACUUGAUAACCGAAGUGACUGUUAAACAUUUUGAAAAGAACCAGGCACAUCCGGGCCAAGAAAAGAACCAGGAUGAACAAUAUGGCAUCCUAAAAUAUCUAACUCAAGACCAGCAGAAUGAGAAUCCAAAUCUGGGACAUCUGGAUCAAUACCUGAUAACAGAAAUAACACUUCAAAGUAACCCCUUGGAAAAUAUCUCAGUCCACGACCAAACCCAGAGUACAUCUGAUCAGAACAUGGAGACAAAACUGCCAACUGACAUUCCCCAGCAGAAGGAGAGUCAAAGUGAGGGAAAAAUACAAACCAAAGACCAAGGUCCAGAGUUUGAGUUACUCUACAAAGAUCACAGUCAUGAGAAAGGAACCACUGACCAAACACAACACCAAGAACUCUUACCUUCAUCAAUUGAACCAAAGGAAGAAAAUCCCAAGGCCCAAGAUGAAAAACUUGACCACCACAAUGAAUCUGUAUCAACAGUCCAUGAGCAGAAGGAGGUCCAUGAUAUGGACCCCAGGCAACUGUCAACUCAUCAAAAGUCCUUAAGUAUAUCAGAAGACCAAAAUCAAGGCUCCGUGUCAUUAUCUGAUCCACAAAACCAAGACCAAAGUUUAGCGCUGCCAGAGAAAGGACUUGAAGAAACUCCACAACUAAAUCUGUCCCAUGAAGUUCAAUGUGAGGAGCCAUCUUUGAUGGAACAGAUAUCCAUCUCUCUGCUGCAGUCUAUGGAACAGAACCAAGAAGGUGCUGAUCAGACACCAAAGUCUGUAGCCUUGGAGGAGUUAUCAGAACUGCUGUCCAGCGAUAUGAUAAAGCAGUCAGUACUUCUGUCUAAGAAUCUGGAAGAGAGUCCAUCAACGGCAUCUACAGAAGAGACCCAGGAGACGUUGUGCCAGGCUGUGAUCAUCCCUGACCUGAAGAAGGAAAAUUCGGAUCCAGAAGUCGUGCAGGAAUCCUCCUCCCAUGAGCCAAUGUCCAGCACCAUUGCACAGUCAAGCAGUGCAGAAGGAAACUCCUCCCCUGAAUCCCGACCCCUUCUUCAGAAGUCACAAGGGACUGAUAGCCAACAAGGAGGCAACACAGCAACGCAACAGGAGGAAAGAAGAAAGAAGAAGACAUGCCAGUGCUGUGUAGUAAUGUGAGCUUGCUCUUCAGUAUUAUACAAAAAAAUCAGAUUGAUAUCACAGCCAAUCGAGGGCGACGCUGAGUUCCUGACUCAAUCUGGCAGUUUGUCUGGUUUUUAUGUGCCGGCGAUUUUAUUGUAAGGACUGUUCCAUAAAGAUGGGCACAACUGCUGACAAUCACACAAAACAAACAACAUAACAAAUAUGCAAUAGUAACAGAGGCAAUAACCACCAGUGUAAGAGUAAGAAUAAAAAGUUACUAUAUUUUA